AUUUUGGUUUGCAACUCACAGCCAUGCCGCGGAAGCACCUGCGGAAGCUUCGGGAGCUUCUGAACGAAGUUGCUGCCGCUGAAAGCAGUGCCUCCAAGAGCCCAGAGGAGACCUCAGACUCUGAUGUCGGCGAGAGAACCCAGGCGAGGGCCGCGGGUUUUGGCGCCCUUGCGCGCAGCGACUCCGAGAGCAACUCAGAUGGCCCAAUGUGCGCGGAGGCUCUAGCAGAGGUGGCGCGGCCCGAGAAGGCCAAACCAAAAGCGCGCAAGAAGAAGCGGGAAGAACCUUUGGUCGCCCAAGUUUCGGACGCAAGCGGAGCGGCGACCGACUCCGAUUCCGACCGAAUCCAAGAGAAAUCCGAGUCGCAGAUUUCUCCGUUGGCCAUGCGUCGUGGAGAUUUCUCCGUUGCAGCCGAGCGGGAGCGCUUGUUGGGCCGAGUUUUUUCGGAACGGCGAGCGGGAGCGGUUCGGAAUCAAAGAGGACCAAGAGGCCCUGAAGGGAAGACGCUGCACCACCGGCGGCUCUUCCUCACAGAGUUAGAUCCACAGCUGGAGCCGUGGCCUAAACCCGAUACAAUUGCGUCAAUGGUGGCUUUUAGAGACGAAACUGGAAGAUUGAGCUUCGAUUUCAUCGAAACUCAAUCUUCCAAACGCAGUUUGGAGACAUUGCAGGCCGUAGUUCGCCAAGAAGACCCUGAACUCUUGCAGAGAUACCUAGCUCGGUCACCCUUCUCACUGGAUGGUUUGCUGGUGAUGGCUGAGUACCAUCGCCGUCAAGGUGACUACGAACAGGCCCAGCAGCUGAUCCGCCGUGCCGUCUACACCGUGGAGUGUUCCUUCGCGCCCGACUUCAGUCCCUUCGAAGCUGAAAGAGGCAAAGCGAAGAAAAGAGGAGAAAAGAGAUUUGGAAAUUAUCCGAUUUCUUCUCCUCAGGUCCGACUCCGCUUACCGUCGGACGAGAAGGACGAGUCCGGAGCCGUCGGACUGGCGUGGCCCGGGUGGAGUUGUUUGAGAGCUUUGUGGCUUCACAUGCACGCCUUGGCCGGACAAGGAAUGCAUCGAAGUGCGUUGGAAAUGUCCAAACUCUUACUUUCAAUGACAUUACCACGGGAUCCUUUGCACGUCCUCCUUUGGGUGGAUCAUUUGUGCUUACGCAGCCAUCAGUACAGAACACUUCAUCAUUUGAGCCUUUCCUUGGCUCAGUCUCUUGAGAGCUGGCAGAGCUUGCAACCUGAGAAAAAACCUUUUGCCAAAUUAGAAAUUGCUUUUCCCAAUUUUGCAUAUUCGGUCGCUUUGGCGGGCAUUUUGCAGAAGAGACCAAACAUGUCGGCCUUGAAUCAGUUGACCUUGGAACAGAUUCUUUUUGUUGAAGAUCUGGAUGAAGAUUUGUUGACUUUUGCUCGGCUCAUGCGAGCCCUGCUGUACUUCCCAGCAUGCGUGCGCCCGCUACUUGAAGAGGCGGGCGUGCCCACGUCGGCCUCUCCGUCCUCUUCGUCGUCGUGGUUCGACUUGUUGACCUCGUCGAAGCCGUUCGUGGACGCCGUGCGUUUUCAACACUCGGAGCACGCCUUGGCCCAUGGCCGGAUCAGUGCGGCCUAUGCCAAGCUCUGCGGAAAGCUUUGGAGAAACGACGCUUGCCUGUUGCACGCUUGCGCCGUGCGUUGGGCGCAGCUUCAUGACAGCGUCUUUGCGGAGGACAUUGCUCGGCACAGAACUCAAUGGGCCAAUGCUUCGUUUUGCUUCGAGAUGAUAGAUUAUCAAGAUGUUUUGCCAGACGACGGUUUGGCCAAUCCAUCUGCGCCCAUUUGCCUCGAACGAGCCUUCACAGCCAGAUUGCACCCUGAAGUCCGGACAGAACGGUUUUCAGAAGGGUCUUGGUUUUCAGAUGUCCCCAACAUGUCGAUCUAUUCGCCGCCCUUGCUGUUAUUCUUCCAUUCAUUGCUUCCUUGGAGCGUACUGGACAGAACCGGCGUCACUGCGCAACCCAUUUUUUGGAAAGACAUCGUGUACAAAGCGUCAACCACUGCGUGGUCCACUGCAUGGUCCACUGCAUGGUCCAUCAAGGAUGCAACUUCAACUCUGUGUCACUGGUGCCGUUCCAAACUCUUCGCAAAUGAGUGACACUCACUUCGCCAAACUCUUCGCACUUGUUGCGAGUGAAAACGAU